AUGGAAGAAGUGGGAGGAGGUGAGCACUGUGAUGUUCCCAAGAAUGUAUACAUUUCUAGUAAUUAUGCACUCCACUACCAACACAAGUUGGAUGCUGUUUUCUCAUUAUCAAGAGUGAUUCCACGUUCUGGUGGGGAAGUGGUUGAUGAGAUUGUGGGCUCAAAUGAAGUUCUUAUUGAGGAGCUAGAAAAGAAAUUGUUGGAGCAAGUUGUGUACAGUGAGGAGGAGGCCUAUAUGUUGUACUGUGAUUAUGCACAAGCAAUGGGUUUUAGCGUCAGGAGAGGAAAGCAAUAUUAUUUCAUGGGGACAAAGAGGGUUCGAACAAAGUCUUACUGUCGUUCCAAGGAAGGCUAUAAGGACUACAAAGUUGAUGCCCUUACUUAUAAAAAGCCUGAAACAAGGACAGGAUGCAAAGCAAUGAUAUGUUUCGGAUGUGAUGACAAUGGACAAUGGAAGGUUACAAGAUUUUUUAAGGACCAUAAUCAUGAAAUGGCCCCGGCAUAUUCGAAGCCUUCAUUAAGAUCUGGACAGGCAAUCUUAACUGCAACCAUUUAUGGCAAUGGCGGCGUGUUAGAACCAUCAAUGGUGAAUGCUGUGCACUAA